AUGGGCCGACUCGGCUGCACGGCCGUCGGCACCCUCGACGACUCCAAGUUCAACGAGCCCAUGCCCUGGAUCGGCGCCUACGUCGCCUCCGCCUCCGCCGCCUGCGCCCUCGCCAUGGCCGCCGACGCCGCCCACGCUCUCCGCUACCGCAAGCUCUGGUUCCCUUCCCGCUUCUUCUCCCUCAACGCCACCACCCUCACUCUCAUUGGCGUCGCCGUCAAGCUCUCCGUCGACCUCAACACCUCCAUGCCCCGCCCCCACGACCAGCUCUCCAAGCUCAGCUCCACCGCUUUCCUCUCCACCGCCAUCGCCAACUCCCUCCCUUCCCUCGGCUCCUCCUCCUCCUCCUCUGACCUCAUGAUGAACAUCCUCGCCCUCUCCAUCCUCGUCAUCACCGUCCUCGUCAACGUCGCCAUCCAGCUCGCCACCGGCGUCAUCUACGUCUUCUUGCCCGAGCACAUCCUCAUCAUCUCCCUCACCGUCAUCCUCCUCGGAAUCACCAUCUCGUCGGCCCUCGCCGUCCCCGCCACCAAGUGCUACUUCGAGCUCAAGUACGCCAAGAAAUACGAGCUUGCGAAAACAGAGUGCAGCGGAUCAGAUCUCAAGGAUAACCUCGCGAGGUACUGGAUGAUGGCCCAUACGUGCAGCCCGCAGUUCGUGGUGGGCCGAAUGGCCACUUGCACGGCCUCUGGCGCUUACUGCUUGCUGAGUGCUCUGACUUUGGCUGAGGCUGUGCUCCGGAGCUACUUCAUGCCGUGGUGUUUCACGUUCUGCAAAGGCCGGUCGGAUUAUAAGUGGUCGGUUUUGCUGGUGCUUGUGACGCAGGCUGCUGCGGUGUUGGUGGGGACGAUUGGGCCGGCUUCCAGAUGGUUCUUCGCCAUCAAGUUCAGGUGCCCGAAGAGAAGGAAGAAUUCUUCCGAAGCAAUGUUUUCGGUGGAGAAUUACUGGGUUCAGACAUUGAAACAACUGAAGGAGUGCCCACUGGACUUGAGGAUCUGCAGCCGGCACGGUAAAAAGUUUGUGCACCAUGUGAAAAACAAAGCUUUGGAUCUAUGCAUUUUGGUCCAGAAGGUGAUUGUGAUCUCGAGCAAGUUUCUUGGGAUUCUGUCGAUAAUUACCAUGAGCAGGUUAAUAGCGGCACUGAGUUGCUGCAAGAGACUCGUCUCUUUGUUUAGAUGCAAUGUAAAAUGUGCCGAAACAGAGUCGUCGGACCCAAGGACACCACAGGCCACUUCUUGA